CCUGAUAAAAAGGCCGAGGUAAAUGCAAAAAAUAAUGAAGAGCCACCUAAUCUUGUCUUGAGAUUGAGAAGCACCCCAGUCCAACCCCACAUCACAGCCUGAGAGGAUGGAGUGUAUGGAUGACAGACGCGAACCAAACUCUCCGAAUCCCGGAAUCACCAAUCAGGCUAUCCAAGCCAAAACAGGUAACAACAAAACAAACGAACAUAAACAAGGAAGCCUGGAGGCGGGGUGAUGUUGGACCAUGGGUGGCAAAUCGGCUGAUAGGGCUGGAUUUUCUUUCUCACCAUUUCUUGGAAAUAUAUUCAUCGACUCAUACACCUAAAUUUUGUUUCUCCAGAAAUCUUUAUUCCAUCAUUUCCCAACCAGAAGAAAUAGAAUUUCUUCCAAAAAAAUUCACGAGACAUAGAUAGUCACAACAUAAUCAGUCUCUAUCUCCAAUCCCAACCCCAAGCAUGAGCAGCCUGCUGACUCUAUUUCACGCCAUCCUAACCGGCCUGUUCAGCUCCACCAGCAACAAAACCGCAACGGAUACCCUCCCCACCACCCUCUCCUUCACAGGCCAACAUAUCCUCAUCACCGGCGCAACUUCCGGUCUUGGUCUCGAAGCCGCAAUCCACUAUGUCAAUCUCGGCGCGGAAUCUGUCCUCAUCACAGCUAGGACACUAGUUAAGGGCAAUGAAGCGAAAUAUGAGAUUGAGAAGCGGACUGGAAAGAAGGAUGUUGUGAGUGUGAGGGUUCUGGAUAUGGAUACCUUUGAGGGGGUUGUGGGGUUUAUGAGAGAUUUGAGGGGGAGGGGGGGUGUGAGGAGGGCGGAUGUUGUUUUGCUUAACGCAGGCGUCCACCCCUUCUCUUUCACCCUCUCCCCCAACGGCUGGGAACAAGCCCUCCAAGUCAACGUGCUCUCCACCCUCCUCCUCGCCAUCCUCAUGAUCCCUUGGCUCCGCGAAAUUAGGAAGCCCGGCCAGAAACCUCAACAUCUCGGUUUCGUGGGGUCGAGCUCCCAUUAUUUUCCUGACAUAAGUAAAUUUUCUAAACAGGACGUUUUACAGAGUCGGAAUAGGGAGGAGAAUUUCGUGUCUGGGAUGAGUAAUUAUGCGGUUUCGAAAUUGCUGUUUCAGUACGGUGCGUUGGAGGUUGCGAGGUUGGCGGUGGGUGAGGAUGGGAGACCAUCUCCAAUAAUCAACAUCGUCUGCCCAGGCAUGAUCCGCACCAACAUCGCCCGAGACUUCGCCAAUAAAGGCUUCUUCAACAAACUAGUUGCGAUGCUCUUCAUGUAUAUCCGCUGUAAUCCUGCGGACGUGGGUGCCAGAUCGCUGGUGUUGAUGGGUAUCACGAAGGAGGAGGAGCAUGGCACGUUUAGGAAUCCGAUGUUGACGAGGGAGGAGUAUGACGUGAGGUCGAAGCCUGUGCUUACUAGUCCGGAGGGGAAGAGGAUGCAGGCACAGGCUUGGAAGGAGAUCACGGGGGUUUUGGUGCAUGCUGUGCCGGAGGUUGGGGAUAUCGUUCGGUUGUGAUAGACGUUCCGGAUGGUGUUGAAGGUCUCCAUGAGUGAGGCUGAAUGGUGGCAUAAGUCCUUCGAGUUCUCGAUCGAAUCAUCGUACACAGUCACUUGGAGAAUGGUACCUGGUAAG